AUGGCGUGGUGCGGCCCCCUCGGAGCCGGAGACGCCGGGGACAGCGGCCUCGAGCUCAGCCUCGGCCUCCCGGCCUACUUCGCCAAGCCAUCAGGUUUGGACGCCGCCGGCGAGGAGUCCGGUGAGGUCUCUGCUUUUGCUCUCCAGGCUGCCAAAGGGAGCAAUGGCUCAAAGGCAAGGGUCACGGCAGCAGCCGCGGCGCCGGUGGUGGGGUGGCCGCCGGUGCGGUCGUUCCGGAGGAACCUGGCCUCGUCCUCCUCCAGGCCAUCGCCGCAGUCGUCGUCGGGUCACCACCGUCACCACAAGGUUCACGACGGCGGCGCUUUGGACGGCGCGCACAAGGGCGGCCUGUUCGUAAAGAUCAACAUGGACGGCGUGCCGAUCGGGCGCAAGGUGGACCUCACGGCGUACGGCGGCUACGCCGACCUCUCCGCCGCCGUUGGCAAGCUCUUCCGCGGCCUGCUCGCCGCUCAGAGGGACCCGGCCGCGACGGCGGGUGGCGAGGCGGAGGAGGAGGAGCAGCAGGAGCCCGUGAUCGGCGGCGACUACACGCUGGUGUACGAGGACGACGAGGGGGACAGGGUCCUUGUCGGCGACGUCCCCUGGGAGAUGUUCGUGGCCACCGCCAAGAGGCUGCGCGUGCUCAAGAGCUCCGACGUGCCGGCCUCGUCGCUGAGAGCAAGGGGCAGGAAGAGGGCUGCAGCCGACUGCUGA